AUGAACUGUAAAAAAUGUGGCUGUCCAAUGAAAUUGCUCAAAGCAAAGUUGUUAUUUAAAUGCGGCAAAAAAAAUUGUAGAAAAAGUGUAGCAGCGAGAAAGGGUACUUUUUUUGCUGCUGACCAUCUUUCUCUUGGUGAGAUUCUUCAUAUAGGUUACUUGUGGUUGUUGAAGACUUCAGCAACCUCAAUAAUGGUUCAGUGUGAGCUGAGCAGUAAGACCGUUUCCUCAUUUUUGGUCUAUUUUCGGCAACUAGUGGCAGAUGCUCUUGAUGAAGUCGAUUGUGUGGUCGGUGAAAAAGGCAUAAUUGUCGAAAUAGAUGAAACCAAAAUGGGGAAGCGGAAAUACAACUGGGGACACUGUGUAGAUAAAGUCUGGGUUGUUGGCGGUGUGGAAAGGACGGAGGAGAGACGCGUUUUCGCUGUUCCUGUUGAAAAACGGGACAGUGAAACGCUUCUUGACGUCAUCAAGAAGCACGUCGCCCCAGGCUCGAUCAUUCACACUGAUCUUUGGCGAGGGUACAAUGGAAUUGAGAAACAAUUGGGAUCUAAUAACUGGUAUUCACACAAAUACCAUAGAGAGAACAUGGAACGGUUACAAACUGCUGAUUCCUUCUCGAGGAAGAACGAAGAAAGGAAUGGAGAAGCGACUGUGGGAGUUUGCCUGGUGCCGAGCAAAUAA